AUGGUGACCUCCAGGAACGCUCCAUCCCUGCCAGUACCUCCAUGUCCUCCCCCACCACCACCGCCUCCAGCAACAUCCUCCGAAGCCUCCCUUCCCCCUCCGCCACCCCCUUUGGUAAAAUUCUUACCCCCACCUCCCCCGCCGCCCCUGCGGGGCUCCCUAAUUCCGGUGGCCAUCAGUAACGCCUCAGUUUCCGCCACCCCGCCGCUACGAUUCGGGGACCAACGCCGGCCGAAACUGCGGAACUUCAACUGGGAAGCUCUGCCCGCCGAUCGAGUGAUGGGAGGGCGCAACCUCUGGACCUGCGGCCCUCAGGGGACGAGUCUGCAGAUUGACGUCGCGCACAUGGAGGAGCUGUUUGGGCAGAGGGAGGAGCCGCGCAAACUGAGGGGCCAGCGGAGCUUCAAAGCACGGCCGGUCCACGGGGAGGCUGAACCAGAGAUUACAUUACUAGACGCCAAGAGAAAUAUGAACCUGGGGAUCUUCCUGAAACAGUUCAAGAGGCCGAUACAUGUCAUGGUGGAAGAUAUUAGGAGAGGAGUUGGAUCAAACUUUGGGGCUGAGAAAUUGGGGGAGCUGCAGAGACUUCUUCCGGAGAAAGAUGAGAUGAAGAGGCUACGGGCUUUCAAAGGAGACCAAAGUCGCUUGUCUGAUCCUGAGCUGUUCAUGGUGAUGCUGGUGGAAAUUCCCAGCUAUCCGCAGCGCCUGGAAGUCAUGAUACUGAAGGAAGAAUUCUUCCCGCAGCUCAACUCUCUGAAACAGUCAGUAGAAAUUCAGACUGCGGCAGCGACAGAGCUUCUACAAUGUGAGGAGCUUCACACUAUCAUCCAUCUGGUGCUGAAAGCCGGGAACUACAUGAAUGCUGGUGGUUAUGCUGGCAGUGCCAUGGGUUUUCGGAUGGGGUCUCUUCUGAAACUGGCAGACACUAAAGCAAAUAAACCUGGAAUGAACCUUAUGCACUUUGUAGUCCAGGAAGCUGAGAAGAAUAAUCGGACACUUCUAUGUUUUCCAGAAAAACUGACUCACCUAACCCAGGCGUCUCGUAUUACAUCCCUGGAUGUGGAGAGUGACCUGGAGACCCUCAGUCAGCGGCUUCGCAGCACCAGGGAAGCCCUCCGGGACCAGCCGGACCUGAAGCAUGAGAUGACGCCCUUCCUGCAGGUGGCAGAGGUAGAGCUGCGCGAGGUGUUCUGCUCUCUGCAGAGUCUGCGGGAUUCCAGGCGUGCCCUGAUGGAUUUCUUCUGUGAAGAUGAAUCAACGUUCAGACUUGAAGACCUCUGCCUCAUCUUCAGCACUUUCUGUGCCAAGUUCGCAGCUGCCGCUCAGGACAACAAGGACAGGGAGAAAGCGGAACAUCGUAAAGAACGUCUGGAGAAACGGCGCUCUAUUGCCAGCUGUUCCUUCCAAGAUAAAGAUCUUCAGGAUGUGGAGUUAGAGUUUUUGCUACUUCGGCUUCCCCGCAGAGUACGUUCUACUAGAGGACCACGUCCUCUUCCUCGUAGCCACUCCACUGAGGUUCUUAACUCCUCGCCAACUAAAUCCUCAGCUUCCACUGAAGCCAAAGCUGCAGAACCAAUUAGAGAAGAGGAGUCUCCGACACCUGAGAGACAAAACCAAGGGCUAAGGAGGCCACGGGAGGACAGCACAGGGAGUGACGGAUACCAGGAGACUCCUGGGAAAAUUAACAGAAGGCACACACUGGGAUGCCUUCCAUAUAGGAGUGAGAUAGAUGUGCAUUCAGUGGUUGGUUCUCCCAGUGAACAUUCUCAGGAGUCCUUACCCCAUGGUGCGGAGUCGGAGACUCUUUCUGUCUCUACUCCAAGUACCCCAACCACCAGCAUUUCCUUCAGCCAAGUUCUGAGGUCUUCAACUAGUGACACCCCUUUACAGAAGGAUUCUUCUCCUACAUCAGGCUCCCCAAAUUCAUUCCGCUUAGGAGGACUGUUUCAAAGGAGAGGAAGUUUGAAAAGUUUGGAACCUCUAACGAUGCAAGGAGCAGACAUCUCCCCACGAGGAGGCAGUGAAGCCUCUGCUCUCACCAGCUUUCUCAGAAGGGUUGACCAUGCUCUGCGCUCGCCUAAAUGA